AGUUGCUCUCAGACGGCGAAUCACAGUUAACCAUGUGUGCCAAGCGCAUCAUGCAAAAGAGCGCGUAAUCCAGACACAGAUUGGAUUGGGCAAUACGAGAGGGGGGAUUGGGGUGAGGAAAACCAGGAUUGGUUCGAAUAGGCAGUCAAACUUGUUGACUCUUGAGUCCUCGGCUGCUCUUCAUAGACUAACCUUGCCGCGGCGGAGGAGCUGUCCGCUGUCGUUAGUGCUGAAACGUUAAUCGCUGCGAUCCCACGGGGAGGACACAUCUCAGGAAACUGUUUGGGGGUGACUUUAUCUCCAUCGUACGAAUGAGUGUGAUCGUCCACUGACCAGAUCUGAAGUGCCUUUUGUUGGAUUUACUCCGCGUUCCGCUGGACAUCUCCAAAGCAACCUUUGCCACAACUCCUGUGUGAGGGGAAGGGUUUCACUGGCGCAUAAAGGACUCCGUGAAACGCACGAUGGCUUUUCUAGUGAAACAAAUGGUGGGGGGUAAACUGAAAGACCUCAAAGGAGACCUGGGAGUGGACAAACCCGAAGGAGAGAAGUCCGAGGCGGCCGCCAAAGGAAUGACAGAAGAAGAGUUCGAACAGUAUCAGCAGCAGUUGCAGGAGGAAAAGGAGGAGCGAGAGGCCGAUGUUGCACAGAAGAAGGCCGAGCGAGCAACAGUGCGGACUCACUUUCGUGAUAAGUACAGACUCCCAAAGAACGAGCUGGACGCAGAGCAGAUCCAGGCGGCACGAGAUGACGUGGAACUCCCCGAGGAGCUGGCUAAGAUGAUUGCCGAGGACAACCAGGAGGAAGCGCAGAAGUCCUCUGUCCUCGGGCAGCUGUCCAGCAUUCAGAACGUGGACAUGGAUCACCUGAAGAACAAGGCCCAGGCCACAUUAGAGGACCUCAAGAACAACGCUGAGAAGUGUGCUCUCAUGUAAUCACUCUUUUGCUUUCUCCCUCUGUCUCUCUCACUCUCUCUAUCUGACUCUCUCCCUCUGACUUUCAUUCUCUUGCAAUAACUAGAUUAUCUCUAUCUAUCUAUCUAUCUAUCUAUCUAUCUAUCUAUCUAUCUAUCUAUCUAUCUAUCUAUCUAUCUAUCUAUCUAUCCAUCCAUCUAUCUAUUUGUCUACCAGAGGUACACUUUGCAUAAAUAGCUCUUAUAGUAAAGUAAAAUGCUACUGAGUUCUCCCUACACACACACACACACAGAUUACACACACACAUUUACACACACAGUCACAAACUUCCAGUCUCUAGCUGUGUAUGUGCUGAGCACGAGACCAUGUACUUUCCAAUGAUACAUUCCUGGUGACAAAGGCUGUUACCUUUGUGUAACUGACACAGCCACUCUUCCAAUUACUGCCAGUAGUUCAGACACACCUCAGCUAACUCUGUCCAGGGUGGUGUUUGCAAACAAAAUGCCGCCUACAUGUAUUAAAAGUUGCUGUUGUACUAAAGGGUAUUCAUGUAAAUCACUGUUUGCCUGCAUCUUUGACCUUGGCCUUCAUGUGUCCGUGUCUGUGUCCUUGGCUCCAGCUA